CAUAUUGGAUAUUAUUACCCUGGUGGCACUGGCCCAGGCGGAGGCAGGGGUUACCUGGGCUAGAAAGGCAGAAGUGAAGCCAUCCACAGCCAGACGCCGUGGGACGCGUGAGGAGGGUUAGGUCCGAGUGAGCUCCUCCGCAGAGCUCCCAAACAGCCCUGCAAGCUCUCACUCUGCAUCCUCCACCGGGAUUCUUGAGACACGGUGGGCAUCAGGACUAUCAGACACACUGGGGGCCCCUGCCGUCCGUUCAGAUGGAGUCCUGGGGAACCCCCGAGACUACCACCUAUUAUGAUUAUGACCACCUGAGCUUCCUGUGCGAGAAUGAGGUCAUCGCCUUGGCCACCUUCACCACCACCGUCCUGUACUCUCUGGUGCUGCUACUCAGCCUGGUGGGCAACAGCCUGGUGCUAUGGGUGCUGGUGAAGUAUGAGAGCCUCGAGUCGCUCACCAACCUCUUCAUCCUCAACUUGUGCCUGUCGGACCUGGUGUUUUCCUGCCUGCUGCCGGUGUGGGUGUCCACCUACCACUGGGGCUGGGUGCUGGGGGACGUCCUGUGCAAGGCGCUCAACAUGACCUUCUCCGUCAGCCUCUACAGCAGCAUCUUCUUCCUCACCAUCAUGACGGUGCACCGCUACCUGUCUGUGGUGAGCCCCCUGUCCACGCUGCGUGUCCAUACCCUGCGCUGCCGUGUGCUGGUGACCACAGCUGUGUGGGUGGCCAGCGUCCUGUCCUCUGUGCCCGACGCCAUCUUCCACGAGGUGAUUGAUGAUCAGUGCGAGUAUGCGAAAAUACAGGGCCUGCUGGCCUCGGUCUACCCGCACAACUUCAUCUUCCUGCUGUCCAUGGUGACUAUCUUCUUCUGCUAUGUGCAGAUCCUCAGGACCCUGUUCCACUCCAGGUCCAAGCGGCGGCACCGGACGGUGCGACUCAUCUUCACCAUUGUGGUGGCCUAUUUCCUCAGCUGGGCCCCGUACAACCUCAUCCUGUUCCUGCAGACGCUGGUGAAGGUCGGCGUCAUCCAGAGCUGCGAGCUCCACCGGCGGCUUGAAUUCGCCGUGCUGGUCUGCCGGCACCUGGCCUUCUCCCAGUGCUGCUUCAACCCUGUGCUCUACGUCUUCGUGGGGGUCAAGUUCCGCAGGCACCUCAAAAGCCUCCUGCAGCAGCUUCGGCUGUGCCGCCCGCAGGCGCCCAGCCCACCCCCGCUGCCCCGGUCCCCAGGCGCCUUCACCUAUGAGGGUCCCUCCUUCUACUGAGGGGAGGGACGGCACAUACAGAAGUGGACAGGGCACCCAGAAGGGGACAAGGAGACAUAGACAGAGAAGGUACAGUGCAGCAGAGAUGCUGCUGAUCACUGCGGAGGUGAAGAGGGAUGUGGUACUGGGGGCCUCUCUGAGGGAAAGGGGUCCCCACCUGGGAUUAAUCCUGCCACACAGGACAAGACUCUUCACGCACAGUCACUCCGACCCAUAGUGCUCAUCCCUGCUAAAUCUCCUAAAACACAAAGGGCUCCCAGAUAAGGGGCCUCUUUCUAGCCUUUGUGAGGGUUGAGGCUCUGCCGCUCCAUGAGUGUAAUUAGGUACAAUGCAGGCAGCUUCCACAGCAGCCUCCCCACCCAGGCCACACUGUCCCCCAGCUCAUCUCUCCCCCUUAGAAGAGACUCAGUGACUGCUGGGGAGGCUGCCCAAAAUGCAAGAGUGACCACAUCCUCCAAAAAGCACAGCAAAACCUAACUCCAAAGCCUCUAACUAGACUGAAGCUGGUUGUGUGACCCGGCUCCAGACUGUUCCAUGAAACCUGCCUUCACCUCUGCAGCUCAUGAGAUCCACCAGAGAAGUAAGCACCGAGGGUGCUGCCUUUCGCACUGAGUCUAUUUGAAGGACCCAGAGAUGAUCAGGCAACGGUUCUCCCCUCCAGGUGGGAUCAGCACAGCCUGGAGGUCUAGGAGUUUUCUCCUGCAAUGAAUCGUCCCUUGCAAAUGCAGGAACGCUGACUUGGUCACUUUCCCCUAGAUGUCCCAUUCAGGCAGGACUGAAGGGUCCAGCUUUCCCCAUCCUCACACACCUCUUGGAGCCCGUACCUCCCUUCCUUCACCCACACCCCAUGCCAGGUCCCAUGCUGCUUCCCCAGCGCCUCCCUGGAACCUCUGACCCCUGCAAGACAGCUGAAACCUGAAGUCCCCUGGGUUCCACUGCAUCUUCCUGCCACUCCCGUCCUCCACAGCCAGGCUCUCCUAGGAUCUUAAAACCCUUCCCAGCUCCCACUUGCUUUCAAAUAAAGUGCAAACUGCUGAGAAAGGUUC